AGUUCGCGGGCGUUAGUGAAGAUUGGAAUCGUGAUGCAAACGCACGGUAACCUGACCGCGAGCUACCUGUGGCAGCCGGGCGAGCUGGCGCGCCGCAUGCUGGGCGAGCGGCCCUCGCCCGUACCGCCCACGCGGGACAUCUGGCCGCCGCCGCGCCAGCCGCUCAGCAUCAGCACUCUCCAUGUCGCCUAUCUUCAAGACGAACCCGUGCCGAGGAGAGCUGCCACUCUCCCCCCACAAACAUACGCCCCCACCACGAUACCACUUGAACAUGAACAUCAAGGCCACAGUAGACCCCGCGUUUGUACCGUUGGCACCAACACAGACCCUCCGCUUACGGUACUCGGCAGGUUGAGACGGCUAGUUAAGAAAGAUGAACACGUCCCCACUGGUCAUCCUCCACCCGGGAGGCUCACCGCAGUUCCCAGGGAAACUGCUCUCGACGUUAAAGAGGAUGACAAUGCAGCAAAAAGGGCAUUGAAUGGCAUCAGAAAAGCAAUUUCGGGUGCAAAGUAUCGAAUAGCCCCAGGUUCUGAAAUAGUGGAUAGUCCGAAGAUUGUUUACGAUAUGCCUAAACCAGGAGAUAGAAUGACUACUACAUUUGGCGUUCGAGAAUCUAGGAAGUGGUUGUCACUGCCGUCGUCAGCGACUUGUUCAAGAAAAAUCCGAUCUCUGUCUGAAUGGUGCAGACCUCGUCCCCAGCGCCCGCCGAAACGCCAGCCACAACCGCGCCUGCAGAUCACUCAGGUGUGAUGAGCGAAGAGUAGAGGAUAAACCAUGGACUAGUUCGCUAUAUUGCUUACCUAUGUAUGUACUUAAAUGAGUGCCAGUUCGGUACGCUUAGAAAUGUUUGUGUUGUACGAUCGAAAUUUAAGUAGCGUUUUGGCUAAUAAAUGUGUUUCCAUAA